CAAAUCUAAUUUUUUUUAACAUAUUACAACUUGUAUAUUUUUUUAUUAUAUUAGUAGAGUCAUAAUGCUUAUUCUAGAGAUAAGCUCAAGUAAGACGUAUGAAUUAUGUCGCGAUCUUGCGAACGAAAUCCUCAUUCGAGAUGGAGCGAGCCGUACAUUCAUAGAUACUCUUCUUUACAUUCUGCGCUAACAUCAGAUGAGGAAAAAGUUUCGCAAGUAUAUUCACCCCUUUUAACCGAGACGCAUUCACAUCUGGUGGCUCAAGAAAAACUUACAUCUGCUUGCUGCAUUUGUUGCGAACAGUGCAACGGAUCAAAGUCAUCAAGGCGUUUAGCGGUUAUUAAUUAUAAGGCAUUUAAUUUAUACAUUACAUUUAGCUUAUAAAAUAGCAUUAGAAUGUAAUCCUACAAUUUUUACAAAUGUACCUUUAAAAUAGAAAUCGGACAAAUCGCGACAAUUACAGGAAACUCUGCAGGCUAAUUUGAUAAGGAUGCAAGUGGAAGAGGCUGUGAUGGACGAUAAGCAGACGACCUUGAUGCAACAUCUGAACUUAAUCAGUAAUGUAUUCGAAGCCGCCGUUCAAUAUAUGCAAUCCUUACAAGUAUCAUACCUCGCUAAGAAAAGAGUGUUUGAUAUGACUCACGCCUUGUUCGCAUGUCAUCCUUCAAGUGCAAACAAUACAGACAACGAUUUCAUAUCAUAUCACGAACAGAUCGAGAUCGAAAAAGAAAAGAGGAUGUCGAAUUUGCGAGAGUUAAUAGAAUGUUGUUCCAAAAACAUUAUUUUUCCUAAAGAUACGUGCGCGCUCUUGGACGAUUACAGGAAUAGAAGAAAAGAUUUUUUUCUCGCAUCCGCGAAUUUUAAGAAUCUACUGGAAAAUUCUAGGCUAUCUGUGUCGCAGAUGGAGAAACUGCAACGACAGCACGAUAAAAUAUUGAAGGAUUUCCAACAAAGCAGAUUGCUUUUAGAUAAGGAAUUACCAAAAAUAAUUAACUUGUAUUUAUCCUAUUUUGAAUUAUUCGUAACUAUAUGUAAUUAGAUAUAAAUUAAGAUAUUAAAGAGUUUUAAUAAAAUUUAAAAUGAAGGCGAUUGGAAGCUCUUCAAAAAUUCUUCCACAAGAUUGCGGAAUUAUUUAAUGACGUAAACUAUAACAUGCAUGCUGCGAAUUUGCUUGAAUUAAUCUCAAUGAAUUUGUGCCCAAUUAAUUUAGACACAGGUAAUAUUUAAAAUAAAUAUAUAUAUAUCUGUUAAAUCAAUCGUUUUAUAUAUAAUGUAUAAGAGAAAGUUGAUAUGCAUAUGCAAUUUAAAAUGUUCAAAAAGAAAACUGUCUUUUUUUGUAAUGUUGACAUUUGAUUAUAUGCCAUUUCACUUUUAAUCAAAGUUUGUAUCAUUUAUCUAGGAAAAGUCAUACUUCAGGAACAAGAAAAAAAUAAAGAAAUAUGCCAAAAAUGUAAAGUGAAUCGUGUGGAUAAAAAAUAAUUAUAAGAGACUACGACAUAUCUUAAAUAUAUUUUGAAAUUAUUGAUUAAUUAAAGAAUCGAAUUAAGUCUCGGAAAUCUGUCGGAAUUAUGGGCUUCGUGAAGCCGCACAUUCGAAACUUAAUCCUCUCACCGAACAAUGGUAACGGUUUUGUGACAUGUGUUUUGUUUAAUACGCAAAAACGAUGUAAAUUCAGAAAUGUCGAAAAACAUUAACAGAACUGCUACGCUAUGUUUAAGUUUAAAAAUAUUCAAAUUUAAUUUAAAUGUUUUAUUGCGCAUUUUUAUAUGUAUGAUAUUUAAAUUAAAUAUAGAGUUAACAAAUUGUACAA